CCGCCCCCGCUGCCAUGUUGGAUUGUGCGGCUACCGCCGCCGCCGCCGCCGCCGCCGCCGCCGCCGCCGCCGCCGCCGCCAGAGGACUGGAGGAGUAGGGAGUUUAGCGCAGCCGCCCGAGUGCGAGGACAACGACCAUCCGGCCCGAGCCGAGCAGGGCGGGAGCCCGGAGCUUCCCGGUCGGCGCGCGGCCCGAGAGGGCGCCCGCCGUCGGCUCCUUCCCCUCGGCCUCCGCGCGCCGGAGGAGCGACGACGGGAUGCUGGGGCCGUGACUGCCGCCUCGCGCCCCUGUCACCCGGAGUGGGGACCGAGUGCUCGCCCGCCUCCCGAAGAGACGACCCUGGACGCUCCACCCCACCGGCGACACCAUGAGCUCGGGCCAGCAGCCCCCGCGGAGGGUCACCAACGUGGGCUCCCUGCUGCUCACCCCGCAAGAGAACGAGUCUCUCUUCUCCUUCCUCGGCAAGAAAUGUGUGACUAUGUCUUCAGCAGUGGUGCAGUUAUAUGCAGCAGAUCGGAACUGUAUGUGGUCAAAGAAGUGCAGUGGUGUUGCUUGUCUCGUUAAGGACAAUCCUCAGAGAUCUUAUUUUUUAAGAAUAUUUGACAUUAAGGAUGGGAAAUUACUGUGGGAACAAGAGCUAUACAAUAACUUUGUAUAUAAUAGUCCUAGAGGAUAUUUUCAUACCUUUGCUGGAGAUACUUGUCAAGUAGCUCUUAAUUUUGCCAAUGAAGAAGAAGCAAAAAAGUUCCGAAAAGCAGUUACAGACCUAUUGGGCCGGCGACAAAGGAAAUCUGAAAAAAGACGAGAUGCUCCAAAUGGUCCCAAUCUACCCAUGGCUACAGUUGACAUAAAAAAUCCAGAAAUCACAACAAAUAGGUUUUAUGGUUCGCAAGUCAACAACAUCUCCCACACCAAAGAAAAGAAGAAAGGAAAAGCUAAAAAGAAGAGAUUAACCAAGGCAGAUAUUGGAACACCAAGUAAUUUCCAGCACAUUGGACAUGUUGGAUGGGAUCCAAAUACAGGUUUUGAUCUAAAUAAUUUGGAUCCAGAAUUAAAGAAUCUUUUUGAUAUGUGUGGGAUCUCUGAGGCCCAGCUUAAAGACAGAGAAACAUCAAAAGUUAUUUAUGACUUUAUUGAAAAAACAGGAGGUGUAGAAGCUGUUAAAAACGAACUCCGAAGACAAGCACCACCACCACCUCCACCCUCGAGAGGAGGACCUCCCCCUCCUCCUCCCCCUCCUCAUAGCUCAGGUCCUCCUCCCCCUCCUGCCCGUGGAAGGGGGGCUCCUCCUCCCCCACCUUCAAGAGCUCCUACUGCUGCACCUCCACCUCCACCUCCUUCUAGGCCUGGUGUUGCCGUUCCUCCACCCCCUCCAAACAGGAUGUACCCUCCUCCACCACCAGCGCUGCCCUCUUCAGCACCUUCAGGCCCACCACCACCUCCACCUCUGUCUAUGGCAGGGUCCACAGCACCACCACCUCCUCCACCACCUCCGCCUCCACCAGGGCCACCACCUCCCCCUGGCCUGCCUUCUGAUGGUGACCAUCAAGUACCAGCUCCUUCAGGAAACAAAGCAGCUCUUUUGGAUCAAAUUAGAGAGGGUGCUCAGCUGAAAAAAGUGGAACAGAAUAGUCGGCCCGUGUCCUGCUCAGGAAGGGAUGCGCUUUUAGACCAGAUACGACAGGGCAUUCAAUUGAAAUCUGUGUCUGAUGGCCAAGAGUCCACACCACCAACACCCGCACCCACUUCAGGAAUUGUGGGUGCGCUGAUGGAAGUGAUGCAGAAAAGGAGCAAAGCCAUUCAUUCCUCUGAUGAAGAUGAAGACGAUGAUGAUGAAGAAGAUUUUGAGGAUGAUGAUGAGUGGGAAGACUGAUCUAUAUAUUAUAUAUAUAUUUUUAAGGUGAAAUACUAAACACUACUUCCUGUCUAUUGAUCUGUAAAAUUAUCAUGUAAAUGUUCUACCAAUUUGCUGUAUAUUUUUGUUGCCUUUUUUGCUUUUUUUUUUUAAAUUAAUCUGUGCAAUACCUCAUUUAAUCUGUAAAGGUUUGUUAUAAUCCUAUAAAGCUACUCCUUGUUGCUGUGUGCAAGUUUACAACAGGAUGCUCACGUGAUUUGUGAAUAUUUUCAUUCCAUCAACAAGGGAGUUUAAUUAUGUGUGAGACUGACACAAACCUUAAUGUAAUUUAGUUAGAAUGCCAGAAGGAGAACACUAUUUUCAUACCCUACUUUUUCUGUACCUAAAUUUUCUUAAUAAAAUUUAGUAUAGCACUACAUUCUUUUUCAAGUGUUGUAAACUUUAUUUUCUUUAGCCCCUUCAUUUGAAUAUGAUGCCACAUAUGAAUGUUGAAGCUGAUACAUUGCACAAUUCUCUAGACACCACUACACUAAUGCAGUUUUUCAAAUUCUAGUAUUACGUGUUGCUUAAAUCACUACAGAGACGCUACUGAGAGAGAUAGUAGCACACCCCUCUUGCAGUACUGCCUGCCGUUGGUAAGCAGUGGCAUCGAGCCCUCACAUGCCUGUCCCUGACCAAGGUGACUUAUGCUGUGGCAAAUGUGACAGGCUCUAUUUUAGCAAAGAGUUAAAACGCUUGUUAUCACACCCCGAAAUAGUUUGAGAUAGCAUUUUUGGAGGUAGCUUCGUGCAUCAUAAACAACUGUCAUGCCCGUGUCUGACUCGAGUAGUAUCAGAACAGGGCUAAAAUGGAAUCUUGGUGUUUUGUACUCUUUGUGCAUUGCUGUAUUCAGAAGUACCAACUGUAAGAGUCAGAGGUUUUGGCAAAAGGAUGCACGAAUGCUAACCCUUGCAUCUACUGUUUUUACUUUGAUGGCUUCUCCAGGUUUUUGUCAAGUACCACAUGUAGAGUUGCAUUUUUCUUAAAAGAUUGAUCAUCCCAAUUGCAAAUCUCUUAGAGUACAUACUGAUUUGAUAUUUUUUUUAAAUAAAUUAAACUUCACAGCCUGCACAGUUGUUACACAUACUACAUGGUAUGUUAAAAUUAGGGUUUCCUUGCCUCUUUACAGUACACUAAUCCACCUAAAGGUGGCUGUUUCAUAUUUACAGUGAUAAUUAUCUUACCUACCUACUUUAAGUACAUUUUAGGUAGACGAUUAUCUGAUUUAAGUGCAGACAUAUUUUUCUCACAUUGAGUUGUAUGCAGAAUGUAGCUUCAAAUGUAUUCAUUAUAGUCACAAUAUCCAACUAAAAAUUAUGCUAUCUAGAAGUAUACUGACCAAAAUCUAGUAUUGACAUGAUCUUGACAGGCUGGACCUGUGAGAUAUGGUUUGAAUUUUAACCAGUUUAUCACAUAACCUCUAGAGACCAUGCAUCUAGUUAUUGUCAGGAAUAAUUUAAAAGGUUUAGUCGCCAAAAACAGUUAAGUGGUGCAGUAAGAUAGUUAAGUUAUUCAAAGAGUGUUACCCUCCUUGCAAGAGUAAAGCACAUUGGAAAGAUUCUCAAUUUUGUGUUUUCUGUAAAAACAGUACUCUCUGCUGCUAGGAACUUUUUUCUGCUUACUGUCAUUUUCAUGUGGCUUGAGCUCUGUGAGACUGGUGCGGAUGAGGCUGGACAACUACUACCCAUACAAUUAGGUCAAAAUUACUUUAAAUAAAUAGCAUCAGACUUUCAUAUUUUUCUUUUUGACGUGGAGAAAACAUUUUCAUGCCUAAAAGUGUCUUUGAGAUAAUGCCAAUUCUGAUGUCCCUUACCUUUUGGCCAAGAAAUUUGGGAUUUUUCCAGCUAAUUUGAUAUUUGACCAGAAGUUGUCUGAGGAGACUCUGAGUUCUUUGAGUUGCAUGUACAUGGGGUAUAUGAUUUGCCAAAGGUAAAAUUGAGUUUAUUCUUUUUCAUACAGAAAUGGAUUUUGCUUUUGUUUGCUUUUUAUUUUUGUAUAAGAUCUAAAUUCCAGGAGCUGUGGGGUUCAGUCCAGGCAUGAAGACUAAUCCACUCUGAGUAAGGUGUCAGUUGUACAGCUCCGUCCUCUUCCAUCUUGCACUGUUGGUGGCACUAUUUAUUCCUGUGCGUCAUCUGGAAGCCUCAUGGAUACAUCCAGCUAUGUGCUUGUCUGGUAGCCUUUGCGUUUAACAAACUAGCAUGAGGCCUUUUAUAUCUAAAUGCUAUGUGAUAGACAAUUUCAGCUAGCCACAUAUUGUAUUAUGAAAUUCGUAAAGAUUUUCAAUCAUUCAAUUCCAUUUAUCAAUUGAAAUUUUGUUUAGUAUGUGAAUUUUUUUUUUGAAAUGUAUAGUAAAUAAGAUGUUGCACUGGUGGCAAUUCAUCAUGGAACAUAAUAAAAUUAAUUUGACCCAAAUAGUAUAAAA